GUCUCGCAUUCUAUCGUUCGAUCUACUCUUUAUGUAUAUAUACAGAUCCCACUAUUAACAGAUGUUCAAUUAUAGCAAGAGAAAGAGAAAAAUGACAUUUCAUAACUAGAUUUUCAAAAUAACAAUUAGAAAACGUGAUAAAGUGAGAUUUCUUUUAUACUUUCUGUUUGUUUUCUAUAUCAAACUGUGAUAUAUGGGCCUAACCUCAAAAACGUCCUUCGCAAUAUAACAGUUAUUACUGUCCAAAGGAAUGAAAACAAUGUUAUAUCAUAAAUUAAUAACAUUAUCGAUUUCACGUAUAGUACAAGUUAGGAAAUUGCAUAAUGAUGUCACUCAUUUUUUGACAAGAAAGCGAAAGUACAAAGACAACUCAAACUAUUUACAUACAAAAAAUGAUAAGAUUACUGAAAUUCCUGCACCACUUUUCAAAUAUUUAAAUGAUAUGAAUCCAAUAUUUAGGGAGAAAGUUAUAAAAAAUUAUUUGUCGCGGAAUACAAAUAGGGUCGAUCCAUAUUUAAUAAAUGAUAAUGUAAGCAAUGAGUUUAGUACAUUGAUUAAAGAUGAUUUAUUAGAAAAUAUGUGUUAUGUGAUUGAAUUAAAUCCUGGCUAUGGUUUAUUAACAAGAAGGUUGUUAGAAGCUGGUGUAUCAUUUAUGCAUUUGUAUGAAAGUCAUGAUGCAUUUUAUCAGGAACUACAAAGUUUAAAAGCAAUAUUUCCUAAUCGAGUUAAAAUAACAAAAGUGAAUCUUCUUAAGAUAUCCAAAAUGUUAAAUUUAGAUAAGUCAAGUAGUGCAUCUCAUACCCCUAAUAUGGACUUAUGUGAACUAUAUAAUAAUGUACCAAGAAGAGAAUGGGAAGAUAAAAGUUGUAUGCAAAUAAUUGGAACAGUAACUAAACCUUUAUUUAUAAGACACUUAUUAUUAAGUGUAAUAUUUCAAACAGGCUUCAUGAUGCAUGGAAGAGCAAUUUUUUAUCUUGCAGUAUCACCAUCUAUAUGGAAUAUAUUCAGGUGCUGCAAUAAAGGAAAUUUAGUUCCACAAGUUAUAUGUAAAAUACUAUUUAAUAUUACAAUGUUUGGAACAUUAGAUAGAAAAGGGUUUCUACCAUGGCAACAAAUCAGUAAAUUAAAGACUAGUAAGUCUGAAUCUGAGGAUUAUAAUCAACUAUUAUUUGUUGUUAAAUUAGAACCAAACCCAAAUCUUUUAUCAUUAUUUGGUGGAAGGGAACACCUGAUAUAUUUUUGGCAUUUUGUUCGACAUUAUUUAUAUAAGCCAUCAUUGGCGAUAAUACCAACACUGGAGAGAGUAAUACCAGGUUUUGGUGAAAGGUUACUAAAAAAAGAUUAUAAUAUAUUUACUCAGUUUGGGGAAUUGAAUAUCGAUCAAAUCAUUGAUCUUUAUAUGGAGUUUAGAUCUUGUCCAGAAUUUAAUGAAAGUUCCUUUUUACCAAGUGGAAAUGAUAUUAGAAGAAUAUAUGAUCCAUAUAUGGGACCAGAAUGAAGUUAAUCAGUUAUGAAUGUGAUGAAGCACUUAAUAAACAUAAAAUACAGAAAAAUAUGAUGUUUUGAGUUAAUAACUUUUAUAUUCAAAGUUCAUACAUUUUAUCUGUAUUAGAAAAAGAACAUAGAAUUGUACACUGAAAAGUAGUGGGAGUGAAGCUUGAAUUACCAGUAAAUGCUUAAUGUUGAUUGGUCA